AUGUCUAAUAACUUGAAUAAUCCUGGCACUCCUAGAACUCCUGGGAGAGCUAGAGGAAGAGAAUUUAGGCCAAGAGAACCCUAUACACAUCGUUUACGUAAAAUUCUUGAAGAAUAUCCCGAUGGUUCACAAGUUCUUCGUGAAAUCCUCCAGAAUUCUGACGAUGCAAAAAGCACUGAACAAGUUUUCAUUUUGGAUCAUAAUACUUAUCCAUCAGAUAGUCUAUUUGAACCCGACCUGGAGAAUAAUUAUCAAAGGACGAGUUUGAAACUUGACAGAUAUCAAGGUCCUGCAUUAUUGGCAAAAAAUAAUACCAUUUUUGAAGAGAGAGAUUUUCAAUCUUUGUUGAAAUUGGCUGAUAGUGAAAAACGUGAUCAAUUUGAUAAGAUCGGAGUAAUGGGCGUCGGUUUUAAUUCAAUUUAUCAUAUUACCGAUUCUCCUUCUUUUAUUACUGGUGAUAAUUACGUUAUUCUUGACCCACAUGAAUGGUACUUUGGUGGUGGAGUUCAAUUCGACUUUGUCGGAGAAAAGUUGGCCGAAUCACAUCCUGAUCAAUUUGCUCCUUUUGGAAUGCCGUGCGACAAAUUAUAUGAAGGAACUGUAUUUCGUUACCCUCUUCGUACUGAAGAAGAUUCUAUUGAUUCGAACAUUUCCAAAAAAGUUUAUAAAUCUGACGAGAUUUUGGAAAUGUUUCAUAAAUUUUACGAGAAUGAAAGUAUAAAUUGCUUACUAUUUUUAAAAUAUAUCGAACGCAUUUCUUUUUAUGAAUUAAAAGAAGGUGCUACUGAACCCGAAUUAUUAUAUGAAAUUAAAUUGGAAAAUGCCGAUAAAAUUCGAGAAAACCGUCGGUUGAUAGUGGAAAACAUCGUACCAAUGAUGGGUUUAUUAAAAUCACGAGAACUUAAAGGCAAUAAUCAAUUAGAUACGCUUUACAUUGCGUCAUUUUGUCGUCAAACAAGUGUUUCCAAAGAGAAUAGCUCAUGGUUAAUUCUUAAUUAUCUUGAUGACUUACUUGAAACCGAAACAUAUUUUCAAGAGAAGUUCAGAAGAAAUAUAGGAGAUUACAAGUUCAUCCCUAACGUUGGUUUAGCCGUUCCCCUAAAUGAUUUGAGGGCUACGGGAAGAUUAUUUUGCUUUCUACCCCUUCCAAUUUCUAUGCCUUUUCUCAUUUCCGUGCAUGGAUAUUUCGCGGUUAGUAAUAAUCGUCGUUCUUUAUGGUCGGCUGCAGACAACGAAGACUUGGCGGUGGAUGCGUUAGCUAGCCUAAAAGUUUCAUGGAAUAGAUAUUUAUUUGAAAUUGUCUUACCAAAGGCUUGGGCGAAAUUUCUUCGUGAGCUCCCGCUUAAAAUUCCUAAAAUUAGAUCCGAUGAUAUAUAUAAAUUUUGGCCAAUAGUUAGAGGAGAUACAUCAGGUAGCAUAGGUAAAUUUUGCAAGGAUCUGUUGCAGAAUGUUGUAGAAAAUCUUGAUGUUGAGGAUCGUGUAUUCAAAGGACCUCCUUCUUCAUAUGAUAUUGGAACAGUAUCUGAAGUUCCAGCAAAUUUAUAUGAUACACAUUUAUUCAAAGAAUCCGAAUUUCAUUGGUUAUCAAUUUCUAAUGGAUAUUUGGAAGAUGAGAAGGUGUAUAACGAUUUACCUAAAAUAAUUGGUACUAUUGGAUUUCCAGUUAUAUCAACAUCUUUUAACAUAAUUAAAGCCUUGAAAGAUUCUAGGCAUAAAGAUUUUCUUAAAAACUUUUCUCCGGCCAUUAUUCGAACUUAUUUGAAUGUUAAUUGUGAUAGAUGGCAAGAUAUACCAAGGAAUCAAAUCUUAUUGUUACUUGAGUAUGUGUUGGACAAAAAUUUUGACGAAUUGGAAGGUUUUAAAAUGAUUCCGCUUGCGGAUGGCACGUUUGGUACUUUAACGAAACAUAGCAAUUCUUACGUAUAUAUUGGUCCAAAUGAUUACAUUGUAAAUAUUGUAAAUGUUGAUGAACUCAACACCUUCGAAAAUCAGAAAUACAAAUUUAUCGACAAAACGAUUGAUGGAAGAUUGUAUAAAAGGUUGUACGAUUGUGUGUCAACUACUGAAUGGAAUCUAAACAUUAAAAUCCUGAACGAAUCCGCUAUU